ACGGUCGCGAGCUUUGCUCGCUGAUUAAAAAAAACUGCUUCAAUUAAGAGUUUGACAGUUUGAAGUAAUCUGACAAUUAAAACGGGCGGGAAUAAUUUGAAAGUUUGUUAGUGAAUCGUGUUUUUUUUUUAACUUUUUUUUGUGUUGGUGCAUUUGUUCGUGUCUGGGAUAAUAUUUUAAACUUUUCGGGAAAAUGUUUCCCCCUUGGAGAGCGUUCCUUCCACUGUUGCUAAGCGUUGCGCUAGCAGAGGACUCCCCGCCCGGUCUCGUCAACAAAGACAGCGAACAGGAUUUGGUCGCUGAAGCAUCGCAAUCAGGUGCACAAGCCCAGAAGCGUGACGCUACCCUUUCCAACUCUUAUGGCGAGCCGCUGCCGGCCAACGCGUACGGACCACCGCUGGAUUUAAACAUUAUUCCAGAUCUUCAACUACCGACACCAAUCUACGGAGUACCAGAUAACAAAGGUUUUCCCGACACGCCACCAGGAGCCUACGGACCACCCUCACCUGUAGUCUUCCCCAACCAGCAUUACGAAGGUCCACCGCCUCCUGUCUCCAAACCAAAACCUAUAUACGGCCCGCCGAAACCGAAACCAGUGUACGGGCCACCAAAACCUGUCUACGGUCCUCCAAAACCAGUCUACGGACCACCAAAGAAAACCUAUGGUCCUCCUAAAUUUACAGUCCCGAAGCCGAAUUAUGGCGCACCAUUCAAACCGCCGAAGAUUACAUUCCCGAAACCCGUAUACGGUGUACCGAAACCAGUUUAUGGUGUUCCAAAACCAGUGUAUGGACCGCCUAAGAUCAAUUACGGUGCUCCAUUAAACGUACCUAAUUUCCAAUUAUCAGAUUUCUCAAAUCAAAUAUUCCAACAAAAUGUUGGUGUUGGUAAUUUCGAUUUGGGAUUCAAUUUACCAGCUCCAAUAUAUGGAACGCCUUUACCUAGUCUUCCAUUGGAUUUGAAACCUAACUUCCCAAUACCUUCAGAUACUUAUGGUCCCCCGGGUCAUAUAUUAGGACCAGUGGGACCUAAUGACCAAGUGGUGGUCCAUAAUAUCGACAAUGGUGGUCAUUACGGUCCUCCACAGCCGGAUCCGAAUCCGAGACCCCCACAUCCAGGUAUUCCAGCACCACCUACGCCUCCUCACGUCUUGUACGACGGAUGGAAACCGAUACCUGGAGUAUCCAAGCCAUUGGUAGAACAUGUUGACUUACAUACAUCUAAUAUUCAUACAUCCAAUAUUAACUCAGCAUCCCAUGUCCACAUAGAAGAUCAGUAUGGACCACCACCGCCAGUGCCACAAGUACAAGAAGUCCACAUAAACUUAGACGGUAACAUACAAAAUGUAAACCAAGGAUAUUCUAACGCACAAAUAACAACGGGUUACUCGAACGUACACCAAGAUGCAUUAGCGAAUAUCGAUCUAAACGCAAUCGUUGGAGGCGAUUCGAAUCACAUCGAUCAAUCAAAGACCGUCUUUGAGGCCCAUUAUACUGAAAGCAAUCCUCAUGGUAACCUAGUAAUCCAAUCAACAGGACUCGACAAGCCAAUAGAUACCUACAGCGCUCCGCCGUUAGACUCAUUAUCCAAUGGACCGUACCCACCUUCCAUAAGACAACAAGGUGCAAAGCUCAUAUCACCUUCAAGUAUCUACGGAGUACCAAAACCUCAUGCCAACCUACCAAUACCUUAUGGUACAUUCUCCGGAGGGGGACACUCGAUACACACUGGAGGUAAUACACCAAAACAUCCUAUCAAAUUCAGAGAAUCAGUUCCCGAAGGUCUGAUACAGCAAAUUGGACAUACAGUACACCACAAAGAUUCCCAUGGGGUAGAUCAUUUGAAACAAGGGCCUGGAUAUUUACCUCCACCCAUCCGAGAAAUUAAAGACAUAAACACACAAACUGGUAACCAUGGUUACAGCGGAGUCUCCGUGUCUAUUGAACCAUCGAAUCUAUACAGUUUACCACAUUCAGGCAAUCCAAUAAACUUCCAAAAUCUACAACAACCGAACAAUUUGUACGGAUCACCGAUAGAUUCAUAUUCUGCGCCUUUACUAACUGUAGGCGACCAUACAGCUUCGGGUUCAAGUAACAAUGCAGUCACAGCUUCUAUAGAUGGAACUAUCCUAGCAAAUCUUUCGAGCUUAGAAGCUGCAGCGAUAUUAAAACAUUGUCCAUACCAUGAAGCUAUUUUAAAGGCUGCGAAGGCAGGUGAGAAAAUCCCAGCUGAAUUGGCAUCGAAAUACGUCGCUAGCUUAAGUUCUUUAGGUUCCACUUUCGCUAAAAAUUACCAAAAUAUUAUAACAUCACAAAACAAUUUCAAUAUACCAGCACCGGGCAGUGAAUCUGUUUCGUAUAAUACCAAAGAUCUAUCCACUGCAUCACAUACCUUGGUACAAACCAUCUUACCAACAAAUACAAUUAAGAACGAAAAAACUGAAAAAAACAGCAUCCAAAAAGGUAAAUCCUUAAAAGACGAGACUGGAAAACAUACGUACAAAGAAGAAAACUUAAACUCAGUAUCGGAACAAAUAUAUCAUACUUCGCAGAAAAUUAAAAAUCUUAGCGAUGAAACUAAACGAUUACAACAAAAGCUGGCUUCGAGUAAUCAAAACUUGAAUCAAUUCGGACAAUUCGGAUCAGAAAUACCUAUAAAAGGAAACUUAGCAACUUAUUCCUUACAAAUACAAUCAUCAGAAGACGGUAAAGGGAAAGGAAGUCCUUCCAUACCUCACGAACAAUUACUUUCAGAAGGUCUACUUCAAAGUAUAUUGCAAGCGAUAGAAGAACCUACACAACCUCAGAAGUCCACACAAACUAUAAAAGCACAACAAACAAACAACUUCGAUUUCGGCAAUUUAGAUAUCGGCGGUUUGGUUUUACCAGCCGGUUAUGAACCUAUAGACAGAACCAAAGACAAACCACAGCAAAGAGAUCAAGAAACCCAAGGUACAAAUAAUAUAAAACAAAUAUUGCACAGAGAAAGCACAAAUCACAAACAUGAAGAUCAUACUGACUGUGAUUUGAAACCUGACAACUCAGUAACACAUACAAUUGUGGUUCCCGCACCUGGCGUAGAAACUGUUCAGCCAGUGAAAGACGUUGAAGACAAUGAUGUUGCCAUAUACUUCGGCAGUUCAGUCACUGAAUCAAACAAACCAGUAACCGAAAUAUCGGUAGUAACAAGCGUAAGUGAAAACAAGUACAGUAAAACAGACAGUGAAAAAGGUUGGUUCGGUGAAAAGGUUAAAAAACGAUUAUAAAUUAUAGAAUUUAGGGUAGAUUCUAGUCUGAUAGACCAGUGAGCAACAAUAAAGUUGUAAAAAAACAUUAAAAUAGUACAAAUAGAUCAAGUUCAAACAUAAAAUUAUACAAUUAGAAACCUACUCCGUCCUACCCAGAACUACAACCUAGAAAUUUAAUUAAAAUAUUAAUUCUCAUAAAGAUAUCGUUUUCUAAUUUGUUCACUUACAUCAGUUUACAUUAAGUACCAUAUACUUUGGACUUCAGCUAUCAAAACGGGUAUUUUAUAGAACUACGAAGUUUAGGAGAUGAUUUUUGACUCCAUUAGAAAUACAAUUUUAUAUUACGCUCACUGGAGCCAUUUUAUAGGCUUAAAUUAAUAAAAAAAAAUCCAUUGUGAAUUUUCAUACAAUGCUCUCGAAGUAAAAUGAACGCCAUAUUUUAUUGUUUUGACAGAUUUAUUGUUAAAAUAAAACUGUCAAGACUUUGC